AUGAUGAUUUUAAGAAAAGCUAUUUUAGUCACAUUUUUAAGUUUAAGUUUUAAAACCAGAAUUAUAGGUGUACAAAGUGCAACAACGUCACGUAACGAGUUGGAAUGUGAAUUUCCUCCUCGGAUGGAAGAAGACCUCACACACAUCAGGAAAAAAAGACUGACCACAAGGAAUGGACUAGUGUGCCUUGAGGACUAUCCUUACACUGUAUCCAUUAGAUUACAUGGCAAACAUUGGUGUGGAGGGGCUAUAGUGGCGAAGCAAUGGAUUUUAUCAGCUGCGCAGUGUUUUGAUUAUGUCACUAAUGAUGAGGUCACUGUACGAUUGGGGUCCGUCUUCAGGGACUUCGGGGGUCGGAUACUGGCAGUCACUGACAUCAAGAGGCACCCUGAUUACAGAAUGGAUCAGUACUACCCAGAACACAAUUUAGCAUUAAUUAAGGUCAAUAUCCCCAUUAGGCCUAACAACCGUGUGCAGCCGGUGGCGUUAGCCAUAGCUGACUCUGACCUCCCGCCGUCGUUCGGGGAGACGGUUGUUACCGGCUAUGGAUCUGUGGUCACCGGCCAGAUCCGCGAAGGCGAGAACCAAGAAUUGAGACGAAUGAUAGUGCACGAGGUGCCGAGGUCGUCCUGUCGCCUUGUCUACGGGAAUGACUACAACCUUCAACACGACCACAUCUGUCUGCAGAGCGCGGUGAAAGGAGUUGCCCUUUGUGCUGGAGACACUGGCGAUCCGGCAGUUCAUUUCAGCGGGAUGAACCGAGCAGGCACGCUAUACGGUAUCGCACUCUUCUCCGGUACCGAAGAAUGUGCAUACAAGUCAAAGCCUGGAGUUUAUGCAAAGGUAUCGUAUAGCCGUUUAUGGAUCGACAAAAUAAUAGGAGAAUCGACUGAACACAAUGAAAGCGCCGACAGUGGAGAAAACACUAUACCCUUAGAUAUCGAUAGAUAA